AGAAAACAUUCAUAUUCAGGGUGUAAUGUCCUUUAAACGCCCCCUGCUGAGAGGAGCCAGCAGAGACCAGCAGACAGCGCAGGAGACGCUCGGCCUCGGCAGCUCACACCAGCGAGCCUAUGGACGGAUAAACAUCACUGUUUGGGGCGAUGUGCAGAUUUGUUUGCGAUGGAAACGGAUAUGAUACCAAAAUUCUCCUCAAAAGACGAGGAAAUUGACUUCUGGAAGGCUCUUUCCCUCAAGUACAAGAAAGGCUGCCAGGAGGCUCAGGAGGAGCUGCUGGAGUUCCAGGAGGGGAGCAGGGAGCUGGAGGCUGAGCUGGAAGCACAGCUGGGCCAGGCCGAGCAUCGUAUGAAGGACCUGCAGUCUGAGAACCACAGACUCAAGAAUGAGGUUGAAACGAUCAAGGACAAGCUGGAGCAGCAGUACUCUCAGAGCUACAAGCAGAUAUCCAUGCUGGAGGACGACCUCGGCCAAACACGCAGCAUCAAGGAUCAGCUGCACAAAUACGUCAGAGAGCUCGAACAGUCCAAUGAUGACUUGGAGAGAGCCAAAAGAGCUACCAUCGUGUCUCUGGAGAACUUUGAGCAGCGUCUGAACCAGGCCAUCGAGAGGAAUGCCUUCCUGGAGAGUGAGCUGGAUGAGAAGGAGUCUCUCCUGGUCAGUGUGCAAAGAUUAAAGGAUGAAGCCAGAGACUUGCGGCAGGAGCUGGCCGUCCGAGAGAGGCAGUCAGAUGUAACCAGGAUGUCCGCUCCAAGUUCGCCCACACAGGACAAUGUGAAGAUGGACACUGCGGUGCAGGCCUCUCUCUCUCUCCCUGCUACCCCACUGAGCAAAGAUCUGGACAAGGCCUUUGCCAACCCAGCAGUGCUAUCAAAUGGCUAUGGCAGCAACUCGCCCUUGACUCCCUCUGCCAGGAUAUCAGCCCUCAACAUCGUCAGUGAUUUACUCCGGAAAGUAGGGGCUCUGGAGUCGAAGCUUGCCGCUUGCAGGAACUUUGCCAAGGACCAGAGAGCCAGGAAGGCGUACGCUCUCGACAACAGCAACGUGCUCAACGCAAACACGGCCAACUACUCGCAAUCACUCCAUACAUCAUAUUUCGACAAAGCGACAGAGAUGGUCACAUUCCCUGCAUUGUUUCUGGCAGGACCGUGAACGGACUGAAACCUGGUACCCUGACAGCCAUCACCGCCCCUCCUGCUGCCUCCUCCCCAGGCUUAGUGCCCCUCAUUGUGUGACGGUAACCCCCCCGCCCGCCCGCCCAAACACACCCGUCCUGCAAAUUGGAAAAUCACAUCUUAAAAGACAAGGCUCCGGACAAAGAGAGAACACAAAUGGCUAAUACUAUAAAACUUUGUCCUCUCCUCGUCUUCUCACGCUCUCUGUUGCCUCGACACUUGUGCUUCGUUCCUGCUGUAAUUAGAGGUCCCUGUGUGUAUAUUUCAUGUGUUACUGUAUCUGCUGUUUGCUCACUAGCUUGUACAAAGAUGGUGCCCCAUCUGCUCUUGACACAUUUACAGAUCCCUAGAAAUGUGUGCACUAUAUCAACAAAAAAAGGGAAAUAUUAUGCAAUUAAAAGGUGUUCUUAGCUGCAAAUUUUGACGACAUGGAUAACACAGAUAGAACUUUUCUUUUUCCACUAAUUUAACUAGCAAUAACUUCAAGUAAUGCAACAGUUAAGGGCACUCGAAUCCACUGCUGAAACCAUGAAUGGGAAAUAACAGGGUUAAUGGGUUGGCACAUGUGCAGAUGUCCUGGAUAAUUGUGUGCCACAUGGCCAAUGUCUCCAUCAAUUAUUGAUGUUUCAAAAUGUCCCAACACGUGAGCCUCCCAGGCUGAUGUUUUAAACAUUACCUCUGGUGUCUCGGGAAGGAUUCGCAUGAUUAACUGUUAUCUCGUGACCCCAGUUUUUAGUGCUUUUCGUUUCUAUUUGGUUUCAAAGCUGUCUGAAAAAAGGGAAGGGGAGUCUUUGUGUCAUUGCAGUGAGUCAAACACACCAUCUGUCCUCUGAACUAUGUGACAUGAUGUGUACAGUAUUGGUCAUAUUGAUCGUUAUUUAUAGACGGCCAUUUAAGUGGUGCUGUCGUAGUGCUCAGACCAGUUAACCAGCAUUCCUGUAUUCGGUAGUCGAAGUGUUUUGUCUGCAUUUUGUUUUGAUUUAUUACACAACACAUUUUCAGUACUGUACACGAUGAGCAAGUGAAGCACUUUGACCUCAUGUGAACUUACUUUAUUUUUUUUCCCAUUUUCAAAGUGCAAUAUUGCCUGUUUUGUUACAGUUUGUGGUUUUAAUUUAUUUCAGAUUUCUUUUUACGGCAUGUUUUAAUAAAAGAUGCAAUUCCA